GAUAAAGUACAUGCUGACUUUUUUGUCCUUGGCUAAAACAGUUUAUUCAUACAAUGUGUGCAUUGCAUUUGUCUGAUAUACUGAAAUUUUGCACCAUAUAACUCAUUAUGCUAGCACGCCAGCCAGGUAGCUACCCCAGCAUGCAUCUCGUUACUUCUUUGGUCGGUCGACAGAUGAAAACAUGGCGGCGAUCAGUAAAUACUUUACAGCUAAGAACUGCACUGUAGCAGGCGCCACAAUCGUUGCCUUGUAUCUUCUCAAGAGGAAAAGACAUGCUGACAAGAUAAAUGGGGUGAAAAGAUCAUCAGAACUACAGUUGAGCAAAGAUGAGGCCAAGAAGGAAAGGACGGUGGUGGACAAGGUGUUCUUUGCACGUAUCCUGAAGAUAGUGAAGAUCAUGGUUCCUGGAGUGUUCUGCAAAGAGUCAGGAUACUGUCUCCUCAUCGCUGCCAUGCUGGUGGCCAGAACCUACUGUGAUGUGUGGAUGAUCCAGAAUGGCACCAUGAUCGAGAGUGCAAUUAUUGGUCGUUCAACAAAAGAUUUCAAGAGACUCUUGUUCAACUUUAUAAAAGUCAUGCCAUUUAUCUCGCUGGUUAACAACUUCCUCAAGCUGGGUUUGAAUGAACUGAAGCUCUGUUGCCGGGUUCGACUCACCAAGCACCUCUAUGAUGAGUACCUACAAGGUUACACGUACUAUAAGAUUGGUAACCUGGACAACCGCAUCGGUAACCCCGACCAGCUGUUGACCCAGGACGUUGAGAGGUUCUGUAACAGUGUAGUGGACCUCUACUCCAACAUCAGCAAGCCUCUAUUGGACAUUGGUCUGUACAUCUUCAAGUUGACCUCGGCCAUCGGGCCACAGGGUCCUGCCUGUAUGAUAGGCUACCUGGUGUUCUCUGGGCUCAUCCUGACACGUCUGCGGCGGCCCAUCGGCAAGAUGACGGUGAUGGAGCAGAGAUACGAGGGAGAGUACCGAUUCGUCAACUCACGCCUAAUCACCAACAGUGAAGAAAUUGCCUUCUACAAUGGAAACCUGAGGGAGAAACAGACUAUUCACUCUACCUUCCAGAAACUGGUGGAUCAUUUGCACAAUUUCAUUGUCUUCCGUUUUUCAACUGGUUUCGUGGACAGCAUCAUUGCAAAGUAUAUUGCCACUGUUGUGGGGUACCUGGUGGUGAGCAGGCCGUUCCUGAACCACACCCACCCUCGCCACCUACGCAGUACCCACGCUGAGCUGCUAGAGGACUAUUACCAGAGUGGGCGUAUGUUGCUGAGCAUGUCUCAGGCCCUGGGAAGAAUCGUCCUGGCUGGCAGAGAGAUGAGCAGACUCUCUGGGUUCACAGCUCGCAUCACAGAGAUCAUGAAAGUCCUGAAAGAGCUGAACUCUGGGAAAUACGAGAGGACCAUGGUCUCACAACAGGGAGGAAGAGAUGGUGAAUUACAAGAUAGAAUCACCUUGGUCCCAGGAAGUGGUGAAAUCAUCCACAAAGACAAGAUUAUUAAGUUUGAGCAUACACCCCUUGCAACGCCCAAUGGAGACAUUCUUAUCAAAGACCUCAGCUUUGAGGUGACGUCAGGGACAAACGUCUUGGUGUGUGGCCCCAACGGCUGUGGGAAGAGCUCACUCUUCAGAGUCCUGGGAGAGCUCUGGCCUCUGUUUGGUGGCCGUCUCACCAAACCUGAGCGAGGGAAACUCUUCUAUGUUCCCCAGAGGCCAUACAUGACCCUGGGCUCUCUGAGGGAUCAGGUGAUCUACCCAGAUACAGUGGAGGACCAGAGGAGGAAGGGCACCUUUGAUAAGGUGCUAAAGGAGUACCUGGACAACGUCCAGCUUGGUCACAUCCUGGAGCGGGAGGGCAGCUGGGACACGGUCCAGGACUGGAUGGACGUCCUCAGUGGAGGAGAGAAACAGAGGAUGGCUAUGGCCCGUCUGUUCUACCACAAGCCCCAGUUUGCCAUUCUGGAUGAGUGCACCAGUGCUGUGAGUGUAGAUGUGGAGGACUUCAUCUACAGCCACUGUAGGACGGUGGGCAUCACGUUGUUCACAGUUUCUCACAGGAAGUCUUUGUGGAAGCACCAUGAGUACUACCUGCACAUGGACGGAAGGGGAAACUACGAGUUUAAAGCCAUCACCCAGGAAACAAUUGCGUUUGGGUCAUAAUGACCUCACCACAGCUAAUUAUUGCUCACAUAGAUGGUCCUAAGUAAUUCUGCACUACAUGAAGCAUAGGGAACAGAGAAGUCAAGUCCUAACAUAUUAAAAUGUUAUGCAAUGGUAUGAAGACUGUGAGCUCAAUGUCAAGAGAGAAAUAGCUAAACCUAUAUUCGAUUAAAGGUAGAGUCCACAAUAUGACAUACAGAGCAGGGUACACUUCCUGCUUGCAGAAAUAAACAAAACAAUUGAAUUCUGCCAAGACUGACCGUAUUGGCUCUUCCUGAGGGCAGAUUGAAUUCUGCCAAGACUGACCGUUUUGGCUCUUCCUGAGGGCAGAUUGAAUUCUGCCAAGACUGACCGUUUUGGCUCUUCCUGAGGGCAGAUUGAAUUCUGCCAAGACUGACCGUUUUGGCUCUUCCUGAGGGCAGAUUGAAUUCUGCCAAGACUGACCGUUUUGGCUCUUCCUGAGGGCAGAUUGAAUUCUGCCAAGACUGACCGUUUUGGCUCUUCCUGAGGGCAGAUUGAAUUCUGUUUAGAACUGGAAGCCGCCCCGCUGUGUAUGAUGAUGUCAUAUUGCAGAGUCUACCUUUAAGGAUGUGUGUGUGUAGUGAGUUUUAAUUGUAUGUGAAGCAAAUAAUGUACUAAAAAAACUAGCCUUACCGAUUGUAUGUUUAAAUUUUAUUUCUGUUAAUAUUGCAUUGUUUUUCAUUAUUUAAAAUGGUCAGUUUUAAUGUCUAGUUUUGAAUUAAAUGUUUGUUUAGUGCUGUUUGUUGAAA